AAAAAAUAAAAAAGAAAGGGACGCUCCCCCCAACCAUUUUUCACAGUUGUGCAUUGUCCUUUCUCCGUCUGUCGCCGGCACCCGGCAGAGAAAAGAUGAAAAAAGAAUAAAGGACGAAGGAAGAAGAGGAAGCGACUCUCUGGAACUCCAGCAUUUUGCAUUGGCCGAUUGGCAGAGGUAGAAGCGUCGCGUUUAUUCUCUCGUGCGAGUUAGAAAAAUGUCGGAGGAGGAAAAGUUGUUGCGGGAUGCGAAGAAAUUGCCGUGGGAAGAUCGGCUGUUACACAAGAACUGGAAGGUCAGGAACGAGGCCAACAUUGACUUGAUCGCCGUAUGCGAUUCCAUUACAGAUCCCAAGGACCCCCGCCUUCGCGAUUUUGGUCCGCUUUUCAAGAAGACGGUGGCGGAUUCGAAUAUGCCGGUGCAAGAGAAGGCGCUGGAUGCUUUGAUUGCCUACUUACGAGCUGCCGAUGCCGACGCGGCAAGGUAUGGCAAGGAAAUAUGUGAUGCAAUUGUGGCCAAGUGCCUCACUGGAAGGCCAAAGACAGUGGAAAAGGCCCAAGCUGCAUUUAUGCUAUGGGUAGAAUUGGAGGCUGUUGAUGUUUUUUUGGAUGUGAUGGAGAAAGCAAUAAAGAACAAAGUUGCCAAAGCCGUUGUGCCCGCAAUUGAUGUCAUGUUUCAAGCCCUAAGUGAGUUUGGAGCAAAAGUUGUUCCCCCGAAAAGAAUUUUGAAGAUGCUUCCUGAACUAUUUGACCAUCAAGAUCAAAAUGUUCGUGCAUCUUCUAAAGGAUUGACUUUGGAACUCUGUCGUUGGAUUGGGAAGGACCCUGUAAAGUCGAUACUAUUUGAGAAAAUGCGGGAUACAAUGAAAAAAGAGCUGGAGGCUGAGCUUGUAAAUGUCACUGGAACAGCUAAGCCAUCUCGCAAAAUAAGAUCCGAGCAAGACAAAGAACCUGAACAAGGAGCUAUAUCUGAAGUUGUGGGUCCUGUUGCUUCUGCAGAUUCUCCAACUGAUGCUUCUCAGGAAAUAGAUGAGUAUGAGCUUGUUGAUCCUGUUGAUAUAUUGACUCCUCUUGAAAAAUCCGGAUUUUGGGAUGGAGUGAAAGCUGCUAAAUGGUCAGAACGAAAGGAGGCUGUAGCAGAGCUAACCAAGCUCGCCUCUACUAAAAGAAUAGCACCUGGUGAUUUUACAGAAGUUUGUCGAAUAUUGAAGAAGCUUAUUACAGAUGUGAACAUCGCUGUUGCAGUUGAAGCCAUCCAAGCUAUUGGCAAUCUUGCUAGUGGUUUAAGAUUGCAUUUUUCUGGGAGUUCACGCUUCUUAUUACCAGUUUUACUUGAAAAAUUGAAAGAGAAAAAACCUACGUCGACGGAAUCACUUACUCAAACUCUCCAAGCAAUGCACAGGGCUGGAUGCUUAAAUCUUGCUGAUAUUGUUGAAGACAUUAAAAAUGCGGCAAAAAACAAAGUUCCUUUGGUUCGCUCAUCAACUUUGAACUGGGUUACGUUUUGUAUUGAAACAUGCAACAAAGCGGUUAUUCUAAAAGUGCAUAAGGAUUAUGUACCCAUUCUUAUGGAGAGCCUCAAUGAUGGUACCCCUGAAGUGAGGGAUGCAGCCUUUUUGGCAUUGGCAGCAAUAGCUAAGUUGGUAGGCAUGAGGCCUUUGGAGAGGUCAUUGGAGAAACUUGACGAUGUCCGGAGAAAGAAGCUCUCUGAAAUGAUUAUGGGUUCUGAAGUUGGUAUAUCUGCUGCUUCAAGUUCAGUUGCAGUCCAAACUGCUGGUGGGAUUGUACCCUCUUUGGAGACUUCAGAAGACGCGUUUGUGAGAAAGUCAGCAGCAAGCAUGCUUAGUGGGAAGAGGCCUGUUCAGGCAGCUCCUAACAUAAAAAAAGGGGGCACUGUAAAAUGUGGCGUGAACAAGAAAAGUGAUGGAACUGGACAGCUAAAAUCGUCAAAGCCAGUUGAGCCCCCUGAAGAUGUUGAGCCGGCAGAAAUGAGUCUUGAAGAGAUUGAAAGCAGAUUAGGUUCUCUUCUACAGGCAGAGACUGUUUCUCAAUUGAGGAGUACCAUAUGGAAAGAAAGACUUGAGGCAAUUUCUUCAUUGAAACAACAGGUAGAAGGUUUACCUGAACUUGGCCAAUCGGUGGAGAUUUUGAUUCGUUUACUCUGUGCUGUGCCUGGUUGGAAUGAAAAAAAUGUUCAGGUUCAACAACAGGUUAUUGAAGUUAUUACUUACAUAGCUUCGUCAGCGACAAAAUUUCCAAAGAAAUGCGUAGUGCUUUGCUUAUCGGGAAUAAGUGAAAGAGUAGCGGAUAUUAAGACCCGUGCUCAUGCCAUGAAAUGCCUUACUACCUUCUCAGAGGCAGUUGGUCCUGGAUUUGUUUUUGAUAGACUUUACAAAAUCACGAAGGAGCACAAGAAUCCUAAGGUUCUCAGUGAGGGACUGUUGUGGAUGGUUUCAGCUGUUGAGGACUUUGGUGUAUCACAUUUGAAACUCAAGGAUUUAAUUGAUUUUUGCAAAGAAACUGGAUUGCAGUCUAGUGCAGCUGCCACUAGAAAUGCAACAAUCAAGCUUUUGGGUGUUGUGCAUAGAUUUGUUGGUCCAGAUAUUAAAGGGUUUCUUGCUGAUGUCAAGCCUGCACUGCUUAGUGCACUUGAUACUGAGUAUGAAAAGAAUCCUUUUGAGGGUGUUUCUGCCAUUCCAAAGAGGACUGUUAAGGAAUCAGAAUCCAAUUCUUCUGUAACAGUUAGUGGGCUAGAUGGCCUUCCACGUGAAGAUAUUAGUGGAAAAAUCACCCCUACUCUGCUGAAGAGCUUGGAGAGUCCUGAUUGGAAGGUUCGUUUGGAGUCAAUUGAAGCUGUCAAUAAGAUUUUGGAAGAGGCUAAUAAGCGAAUUCAACCAGCUGGAACAGUUGAGCUAUUUGGGGCUCUUAGGGGGCGUCUAUGUGACAGCAACAAAAAUUUAGUCAUGGCAUCCUUAACAACUAUUGGCAGCAUUGCCUCUGCGAUGGGACCAGCUGUUGAGAAGUCAAGCAAGGGCAUUCUCUCUGAUGUUAUGAAAUGUCUUGGUGACAAUAAGAAGCAUAUGAGAGAAUGCACUUUGAUGACUUUAGAUUCUUGGCUUGGUGCUGUUCAUCUUGAUAAAAUGGUUCCUUACAUUACAGCAGCAUUGAUGGACACUAAGAUUGGGGCAGAAGGGCGUAAGGAUCUUUUUGAUUGGUUGUCAAGGAAACUCACUGGAUUAAGUGAUUUUUCUGAUGGGGUACAUCUGUUGAAACCAGCUUGUUCUGCUAUGACGGAUAAAUCGUCAGAUGUUCGAAAAGCGGCAGAGGCUUGCAUUAAUGAAAUUUUGAGAGUUACUGGACAAGAGGCAAUUGAAAAAGUUCUCAGAGAUAUACAUGGACCAGCUUUGGCUAUUAUUCAUGAACGACUGAAACCUCAUAGGUCUUUUCAAGAACCAUUUGAGUCAGCAAAAGUGAUGCCAAUGGGACCAACGCUCAAAAGCAGCUCAAGGGUAGGAAAAUCUACUUCAAAUGGUGUAAUGAAGCAUGGGAACAAAGCUCUGUCUUCGAGAGCCAUGACAAAGGGUUCAAGGACUGAGCCAGUAAUACCUGUUCAAGAUAUAGCUGUCCAGUCACAGGCAUUAUUAAAUGUUAAGGACUCAAAUAAGGAGGAUCGGGAGAGAAUGGUAGUUCGUAGGUUCAAGUUUGAAGAGCCAAGGCUAGAACAGAUUCAAGAUCUUGAGAAUGAUAUGAUGAGGCACUUCAGAGAGGAUUUGCAUAGGCGGCUUCUAAGUACAGAUUUUAAGAAGCAAGUGGAUGGGCUUGAGAUGCUGCAGAAGGCACUUCCUUCUGUUGCAAAGGAAAUUAUCGAAGUUCUGGAUAUACUUCUGAGGUGGUUUGUGUUGCAGUUUUGUAAAUCAAACACAACAUGCCUGCUGAAGGUACUAGAAUUUCUUCCCAAGCUUUUUGACACUCUGAAGGAUGAGGCCUACUCUUUGAGCGAGUCUGAAGCGGCCAUCUUUCUUCCAUGCUUAGCAGAAAAGUAUAAAAUGGUCAUGGUUGAAAUUACAUACAUUUUUGCCAUGAUGCAGUCGGGGCAUAACAUUGAGAAGCUACGAGAAAAAAUGCGGGAGCUGACCAAACAAAUUGUAAACUUAUAUUCUGCAUCAAAAUGUUUCCCUUAUAUUUUGGAGGGUCUGCGAUCAAAGAACAAUCGUACUCGGAUAGAGUGUGUUGAUCUCAUUGGAUUCAUCAUUGAUCAUCAUGGAGCUGAGAUUAGCGGACAAUUAAAAUCAUUGCAAGUUGUUGCAAGCUUGACAGCAGAGCGAGAUGGUGAAAUUAGGAAAGCUGCAUUAAAUACUCUAGCUAUGGGUUAUAAGAUUCUUGGUGAUGAUAUAUGGAGAUAUGUCGGGAAGCUAACAGAUGCACAGAAAAGCAUGUUAGAUGAUAGAUUCAAGUGGAAGGUCCGAGAGAUGGAAAAGAAGAAUGAAGGCAGGCCUGGUGAAGCUAGAGCCCAUUUAAGGCGUUCUGUCAUGGAAAACGGGCCUGAUGUAGCAGAGCAAAGUGGGGAGGUUUUACGAUCUGUUUCAGGCCCCAUUCUUACUAAUUCAAGGAAAAACUAUGGCCAUACUGAACUUCUCAUGGACCAACAUUUGGUGCCCCAUGCUCUUGCGAGUGCCAAUGGCCCUACAGAAUGGAAUGAAGCUUUGGAUAUAAUUUCCUUUGGUUCACCUGAGCAGUCUGUUGAAGGAAUGAAAGUUGUGUGUCAUGAGCUGGCACAAGCUACUAGUGAUCCAGAUGGCAGUGGAAUGGAAGAACUCGUGAAGGAUGCAGAUAGGCUGGUUUCAUGCUUAGCAAAUAAGGUGGCAACUACUUUUGACUUCAGUCUAACGGGAGCUUCAUCGAGGUCUUGCAAAUAUGUCCUGAACACACUCAUGCAGACAUUUCAAAAUAAAAGACUUGCUCAUGCCGUGAAGGAGAGUACUCUUGACGGUCUAAUCACUGAGCUUCUGCUUUGGCUUUUGGAUGAAAGGGUUCCCCAUAUGGAUGAUGGCAGCCAACUUUUGAAAGCUUUGAACGUGUUGAUGCUUAAGAUUCUGGAUAAUGCAGAUCGAACUUCAUCCUUUGUUGUUCUAAUUAAUCUCUUGUGUCCGUUGGAUCCGUCAAGAUGGCCUUCACGGGCAUCAAAUGAAUCAUUUGCUGUCAGAAAUCAGAAGUUCUCUGAUUUGGUAGUCAAAUGCUUAAUCAAACUUACAAAGGUUCUACAAAGCACCAUAUAUGAUGUGGAUCUUGAUCGCGUUCUUCAGAGCAUCCAUUUAUACCUGCAGAACUUGGGGAUGGAAGAAAUCAGGAGGAGAGCUGGUGCUGAUGACAAACCAUUACGUAUGGUCAAAACUGUCCUGCAUGAACUUGUGAAGCUUCGUGGAGCUGCAAUAAAGGGCCACCUAUCUAUGGUUCCUAUAGAUAUGAAACCGCAGCCAAUUAUUCUUGCCUACAUUGAUCUUAAUCUUGAGACUUUAGCUGCAGCAAGAAUGCUGACCUCAUCAGGGCCUGGGGGCCAAACUCAUUGGGGUGAUUCAGCAGCCAACAAUCCAUCAUCUGGCACACAUUCUGCUGAUUCCCAGUUGAAGCAAGAACUUGCUGCCAUAUUCAAGAAAAUUGGCGAUAAGCAAACAUGCACCAUUGGUCUAUAUGAGCUAUACCGCAUUACUCAAUUAUACCCAAAGGUUGACAUAUUUUCUCAGCUCCAAAAUGCAAGUGAGGCAUUUCGCACUUACAUUAGAGAUGGUUUAUCUCAGAUGGAGAAGAAUGCGGCUGCUGGAAGGACUCCCUCGAGUUUACCAAUGUCAACCCCUCCUCCAGCAUCCUUAACUAUUUCUUCCCCUGAAUUUGCACCUCUUUCCCCUUUGCAUGCAAAUGCUUUAAGCGAUGGAAAAGCAUUGAAUGUUAAAUCUGAUCCAACAAACUUUAGUCUACCACCAUCAUAUAAUGAAGACAACAGGGCUAUAGAUCCCCUUUCUUGUAGGGGAUUUACAUCUGAGAACUCAUUGAGCGACCAAAGAAAUGAAAGAUUUGUAACUGGAGUAACGAGUGGGACAUUGGAUGCAAUUCGAGAAAGGAUGAGGAGCAUGCAAUUAGCAGCAGCUGCUGGGAAUCCAGACAUAGGAAGCAAGCCACUCAUGUCCAUGAAUGACAACUUAAACCAUGGACUCUCUAGCCAGAUUCCCCGUGCAUCAGACCACACUGGUUCCGAUAAUGCAGUGCAGAGUGGUGUGCAUCCGAUGGACGAGAAAGCAUUGUCUGGGCUUCAAGCCCGGAUGGAGAGACUCAAAAGCGGCACGAUUGAACAUCUGUAGGCCAUGGGGAGAAAAAGAGAAGAAGAAAAAAGGGGGGCUUAGAGAAGAGUGUAUCUUGGCAUCAAUCACCACCUUUCUUUGUAAAUGAAAAGAAGAGAGCCAGAGUGCAUUCAAGUAAAAAAUAUAGCUCUGGGAUCUGCAAGGAGUUGCUGCCUAGAAGAAGCCUCCCCGUUUAAGUGGCUGGAGCUAUGAAGAAGCAGCACGUCACCAUCUGCCAUUUGUUUGUUUUAAUUGUAUAUUUGUAGUUAAAUCAUGUUUGUUUCGGCAGAUAUGCCUGAUCUUCUCUAAUUUAGUACUACUACUACUACUACUGUACGCAUUUCGUAGUUCAAUUUGAGCUUUUCUUUUAUUAUUAAAAUAUGCUACUUGUAUUUGAGGAGUUUCAUCUGACACAGAAAUUUUGAUUGAAUUUAGAAUCAAUGUAUGCAAGCAAAGGGUUGUCUAGAA